AUGGCCUCUCCUGCUCUCCAGAGUGUGUACAACACCAUCUUCCGCAAGAACUACGUUUUCCUCAGCGUCGUCUUCGUCAGCGCUUUCGGCAUGGAGAUCGCUUUCGACAACGCCUCCAACAGCGUCUGGAACUCCAUCAACCAGGGCCGCCAAUGGAAGGACCUCAAGCAAAAGUACAUGGAGAACGACGACGAGUAA